AUGGUGGUGGACCCCGCUGGCUCCAGGCCACCGGACCCGGGCGGACGGAGCUUCCCAGCCGCAGGCUGCAGACCCCGGCCCAGCCGCCUGCACACCGGCCCUGGGGCCCCGGAGGCCCAUAAGCCCACGACAUGCACCCACCGCCGGCGGGCGAGGAGCCACAAAGCCCCACCUCUGCGUUUGGCCCAAACUUCGGCCUCCUCCCAGCACAUGCACCCGCUGGAGCUAGGGCUACCCCAGGGCGCAGACACUGCCCCGAGACCCGGUGGGGGCCGGUCUCCCCACGUGACCGAGUGGAAACCGGGGCCCCGGCCCCAAACCCUACCACCCCCCACCCCGACCAGGCGCUCACGGACAGCCUGUGGGGACGCGUCCUCCGCCACCUCCUGCACAGACGCGCUGCACUGGGGGCCGCAGCCUCGGCGGUGGGAGGCGCCCUGUCCAAGGUGCUCGAGCAAAGGCCCUGUGAGUUCCUGCCCCCACUCCCCGCCAGGAAGCCCCCCAGAAAGCCCCCCAGAAGGCUGGCCCCGGGCCGGAGGGCUUCGGCGCUCCCUUCCACACCCACAUCACGGAGGGAGGCCCCAAGCCCCAGCCUGCGACUCUGCCGGGGCACCGGGACACCAGGCACUGCCGCCGAGGGGUAGCGGGACCCAACCCAGGAGAGCCCCCUGGAGGAGGCUGCAUCCACGGAGAGGGGCCAGAGCAGGAAGCUGGCGGGUGAAGAGGCGUGUGGGUGGGAACCAGAGGCAGAAGCCGGCCUGGCUCCUGAGGACUGAGAGGUGCCCCGUGUGGCAGCAGGAGGCACAGGGUGGACGAGAAGAACGCCAAGCCAGGAGGCACCGAGGACCUCGUCUUGCAGGCACUGGGGAGCCGCAGAAAGCAGUGCACUGGAGAGCGAGGUCUGGGGUAGGGGGUGGGGAGACACCCCCGGACACACCCCCAGAGCCCCGGAUCCAGCCCCACCCCCAGUGUCUUACUGGGAACCCAGUAGCAGGAAUCAAGGGCUCCACUUCCCACCUUGGAGAGAAAUCUGGGCCCUGUGGCAGAUGCCCAGGGUUGGGGUUUCUGUGGAGAAACCUCCGGUUUCCCCCACCCUGCGGCUGCUGA